AUGGCAGACGCAGACGACAAAGAGAAGAGGGAGAAGAUUGCCGCCGCAAAGAAGCGCGUCGAGCAAUUGAAGAAGAAAAAGAAGAAGGGGGCGUCUUCCAGCUCAAAGGCAGAACCCAAAGAGGAAGUAGAAGCGCCCGCUCCCGAAGCUGUCGAAGACACCACAGAGCAGCCCCAGCCGAGCCAGGAUGCAGACGACACUGCUGUCGAAGAAGCCAAGGCUGAGGACAAGGCUGAGGGCGAACCUGAGGACCAGCAAGAGGAUAAACAAGACGACAAGCUAGAAGACAAGGCCAGCGAGUCAUCACCAUCCGAAACACCAUCGCUCGCACAACAAUCAAAGCUCAGAUCGACCUCAUUCCGCGCCGGCUCGCUUGCAAGCCCGGGGCCAAUGUCGCCUGGACCGUUUAGCCCUGAAGGCGACACGGCACCCGAUAUCUACAGAAAGCAUGUUGCGAGGAUAGAAGAGCUAGAGAAGGAGAACAAGCGCAUCACCAAGGAGGCUGCUGACUCGGAGAAGAGAUGGAAGAAGGCGGAAGAAGAGUUGGCUGACCUACGUGAGUCUGAUGGCAAGGACGACAAGGACGGGCAAACAGAGAAAUUGAAGGAGGAGAUUGCAUCUCUACAGCGUCAAAACUCUCAGCUGCAGCAACAAGUAUCACGGAAUAUAGGCCAUGGCCAUCGCCAAUCAGUAUCAACAACAGCAUCGCCGCCGUCAUUACAACUCGAGUUGAAUGCUAAAUUGGCCACGAUUGAGUCUAUGGAGAUUGAGAUUUCAAAGCUGAAAGCUCGCGUUGAACGCCAGGAGAGCGGUGCAUCUUCAGAAAAGGAGCAGAUUACUGCCCUCGAAGACAAGGUUGCUCGUGCCGAAGCCGCAGCGGGCAAAGCUCAGCGCGAACUGCAAGAUUUGAAAAAGAAUCUUGAGCGGGCGACAGAAAAGGCCGUUCGCGAAGGCAGCGAACGAACCAGCGCAGAAACCAAGGUAAAGACGCUUGAACACGACUUGGACGAGGUUAAAAAAGCCAAGGAGGAGCUAGAGAAGAAGGCCGAAGCGCUCGAAAAGAAGGUCGCGACAUUGACUACGCUGCAUAAAGAGCAAGACGCCCGGUCGCAAGCUCUAAGGAAAGACAAGGAAAAGGCAGAGAGCGAGGUGCAGGAGCUGCGAUCCAAGGUGGAGAAUCUAGAAAGCGAAAACGUCAAGCUUCGAAGCCGCAAGUCUGCGGAAGGGGGAGGCGGCCUUGACGAUGAGGGUGUUGAUGAGCUCGAAGACGAAGGAAGACUCAAGCUGGAGAAGAAGAUUCGCAGUCUCGAGGCAGAGAUCCACGAGCUUCGCAGCGGUGCCUGGAUCGAGAGACGGCGCGAAAUGGAAGCCAUUAGUCCCGGGUUCGACGACGUUGAUCUCUCGGGUAACAACCACCCUCCGGCGCACAAAAAGGGAUCGACCGGCGGUAUUGGUGACUUUAUUGCGCACGGGCUGAAUGCACUGGCAGGAGGCGGAGAUGACGAGCUGCUGGCGGAUGACGAUAUGGAAUUUGAUGAAGAGGCCUUUAGGAAGGCGCACGAGGAGGAGGCGAAGAGGCGGAUUGAGAGGAUCAAGGAGAUUAAGCGGUCCUUGAAGCACUGGGAGGGAUGGAGGCUGGAUAUUGUGGACGUCCGCAGGGGCGGAGGGCAGGGGAUUGGAGAUAUAUUUGAUAUUUGA